GAGGCGUGCACGCUACGUGCGGCGCACACGAACAGAUGUGUGUGCGUGAGUGUCCACGCACACACAAACACACACAAAUACAGAGAGAGAGGGAGGUAGAGAGAGAUUAAAUGUUGCCUGUCUGCUCCGGAAAAUGAUCAAUCCCACGACGAGGCUGGAGGGUCACCGGUUGCAAGAGAGGAUGCAAGCCGCUGUGCGCGCCACUUUGCCCGGCUGUGCGUAAAAAAAGCAGCGGACCGAGCCGCCUGUUCCUGUUCACACUCUGGCCAGAGCUCCUCAAGAAUGAGUCUCGUCUAAUUUCAAGAGGAAUGUGAAGAUCACGGGAAAAGGACGACAAGUUCUUUGGCUGCACCUUGCUGACACGCAGUCCCUGGAGGUUCGUCAGAGCGUGGUCUUUCUCUGAGCCCUGUGGGGAUGGGAACGUGUUUGCAUAAAAGAUGGACUUAUCACAGCGUUGCUAAAGGUCACAGUCCUGUUAAGGUCAUGUCAUGGCCUGUGGCUCUCGGGCUACUGACUCUAAUCUUCAUGAAUCAAAAGACGUCUGCUGGGCAGAUUGUGAACAGCUUCCAGUCGGAGCGGAGGGAGUGGUCGUUGAACCACCUCACCGUGCAUCAGUCCACUGGGGCGCUGUACGUCGGUGCUGUCAAUAGGAUAUACAAGUUGUCUGCAAACCUCACGCUCCUGGUGUCCCAUGACACGGGGCCCGAGUAUGACAACAAAGCAUGCUACCCUCCUCUGAUCGUGCAGCCCUGCUCGGAGGCCCUCGCCUCCACGGACAACGUCAACAAGCUGCUGCUCAUUGACUACUCCCAUAACCGCCUCCUGGCAUGUGGCAGCCUCUACCAGGGAGUCUGCAAGCUCAUGAGGCUGGACGACUUGUUCAUUCUCGGGGAGCCCACUCAUAAGAAGGAACACUACCUGUCCAGCGAUACCCUGACAGGGACCAUGUACGGGGUGGUGGUGCCCUCACUGGGUCAGGACGCUACGCUGUACAUCGGCACUGCAGUUGGAGGCAAGCAGGACUACUUCCCAACUAUCUCUAGUCGCAAGCUGCCUCGCGACCCUGAAUCUUCUGCCAUGCUGGACUAUGAGCUUCACACAGACUUUGUCUCCUCGCUCAUCAAAAUUCCCUCAGACACCCUGGCUCUUGUCCCUCACUUUGACAUUUACUACAUCUAUGGCUUUGCUAGUGGCAAUUUUGUCUACUUCAUGACCGUCCAGCCGGAGACACCGGAGAAUGGAAUGCCGGCUGGUGGCUCCCCAGGCGAUCUCUUCUACACCUCCCGCAUUAUCCGCCUCUGCAAAGGUGACAAGAAGUUCCACUCGUACGUAUCACUUCCUGUGGGCUGCAUCCACCGAGGUGAGGAGUACCGUCUGCUGCAGGCCGCCUACCUGUCCAAGGCCGGCGGGGUUCUAGCAAAAGAGCUCAACAUCGGAAUCCAUGAUGACGUGAUCUACGCAGUGUUCUCCAAAGGCCAGAAGCAGUAUCACGACCCUUCUGAUCACUCAGCCCUCUGUGUCUUCACCAUUCAAGACAUUAAUAUGUCCAUUAAGGAGAGACUGCAGUCCUGUUACCAGGGGGAGGGACACCUGGAGCUGCACUGGUUGCUAGGAAAGGACGUGCAGUGCACCAAGGCGCCUGUCCCCAUUGAUGACCACUUCUGUGGCCUGGACAUCAACCAGCCACUAGGGGGUUCUCAGCUGGUGGCGGGCCGCACGGUUUACAUGGAGAGCCGAGAUAGACUGACUUCAGUCAUCUCCUACAGCUACAAUGGACACAGCGUGGUCUUCAUGGGCACAAGGAAUGGACGGCUGAAGAAGAUCCGAGUAGACGGUUCACUAGAUGGAGGAGUGUUGUAUGAGACGGUGACUGUAGUCAAGGACAACAGCCCCAUCCUGCGGGACAUGGCAUUCUCCCUCGACAAGAACUGGCUCUACGUCAUGUCCGACAAUCAGGUGGCCCAGGUCCCUGUGGAGGCCUGUGAGCAGUAUGGUACAUGUGCUGAGUGUCUGAGCUCCGGGGAUCCUCACUGUGGCUGGUGUGUCUUGUACAACAUGUGCUCAAGGAAGGACCGCUGCCCUAGGGCGGACGAAGCCUACCGUUUCGCCAGUGCCAUUGACCGCUGCGUGAAUGUUAUUGCUCACCCAGAUAGCAUUGCUGUAUCCGCACACAGCGUCCCUCUUCUGCUGGAGGUGAACAACGUUCCGAAUCUUUCUGCUGGGAUCACCUGUUCAUUUGGGGAGCAAGCCAAAGUGGAGGGCCACGUCAAUGGGAACAGGGUCAUGUGUCUGUCCCCGGCUGGAAAGGAAGUUCCUCUGAUACCCGAAGGACAAGACUGGGCUGGCGUGGAGCUGCAACUGAACUCAAAGGAGACGGGUCAAAUGAUCGCCAGCACGGAGGUGAAGUUCUACAACUGCAGCACACAUCAAAUGUGCCUGUCCUGUGUAAACAGCACAUUUCGUUGUCACUGGUGUAAAUAUCGCAACAUGUGCACCCAUGACCCAAGCAGCUGUUCUUUCCAGGAGGGCAGAGUCAACGCCUCAGAGGACUGCCCUCAGCUUCUCCACUCCGGGGAAAUUCUCAUUCCGGCUGGUGAGGUGCGACCCAUCACCCUGAAGGCCCGGAAUCUCCCACAGCCGCAGUCGGGCCAGCGGGGCUAUGAGUGCGUAGUGAACGUGCAGGGCGUCAGCCAGCGUGUUACAGCACUGCGCUUCAACAGCACCAGCGUGCAGUGCCAAAACAGCUCGUACACGUACGAGGGCGUGAGGAUCAGCGACCUGGCGGUGGAGCUCGCCAUUGUGUGGAACGGCAAUUUCAUCAUCGACAAUCCCGAGAAGAUUAAAGUGCACUUGUACAAAUGCAGUGCCCAACGAGACAGCUGCGGCAUGUGUCUGCGAGCAGAGAAAAAGUUCCAGUGUGGUUGGUGCAGCAACGAGGGAAGAUGCACAAUGAAGCAGCACUGCCCCCCCAUCUCGCCGUACGCCAGCCGCUGGCUUGACCUCUCAGCUGCCAACGUCAAGUGCACCAACCCACGUAUCACUGAGGUGAGCCCAAUUGCAGGACCUCUAGAGGGUGGUACACUGGUCACCAUCCAGGGCCUGAACCUGGGCCUGUCCUUCUCCGAGCUGGAGGGCAACGUGAAAGUGGCGGGUGUGCAAUGCAUCCCUCGAGAGGAGGGAUACAUCACUGCCGAACAGAUCGUGUGCGAGAUGGUGGCCGGCCCUAAAGGAAGUCCGCCGGGUCCUGUCAAACUUUGUGUCAGCGAAUGUAGACCAGAACUUCGCACUCAAUCCUCCCAGCUCUACUCUUUUGUGACCCCUUCAAUGCUGGCGCUGACCCCAGGUCGAGGACCCGAGUCUGGAGGCACGAAGGUCACCAUUGUCGGAGACAACCUGGGCGCUGGUAGCUCUGUGAAUGUAUACUUUGGGAAUCAAACCUGCGAGCUAUACAGGAGGACCACUUCAGAGAUUGUUUGCUUCUCAGCUCCGUCUGUGACUGGAGCGGGACCAGUGCAAGUCAGUCUGAGGGUCGACCGGGCUAGGGUUCCAGGUAGUCUGUCCUUUGAGUACAUAGAAGACCCCACUGUCCAGCGUAUUGAGCCCCUAUGGAGCAUUACAAGCGGCCACACCACGCUGACGGUGACCGGGACCAACCUGGACGUCGUUCAGGAGCCGCGAGUCCGAGUCAAAUACGGCGGCCACGAGUCUGUCAAUGUGUGCAAAGUGCUCAACACGACCACCAUCAGCUGCUUCGCCCCGUCUCUACAGUCCGAAUACAACAGCGAACAGGAGAGCGUCAAGCACGUGGACGAGUUUGGCUUCGUUUUCAACAAUGUUCAAGCUCUGCUCACCUACAGCAACACCAGCUUCGUCUACUACCCUAACCCCUACCUGGAGCCCCUCAGCCUCUCGGGCAUCCUGGAGCAGAAACCUGGUGCUCCCAUCAUCCUAAAAGGCCGUAACCUGAUCCCAUCAGCGUCUGGUGGGGCCAGGCUGAACUACACCGUGCUGAUCGGGGACACGCCCUGCUCCCUCACAGUGUCCGACACACAGUUACUCUGCGAGCCACCCAACCUCACCGGCCAGCACAAAGUCCUGGUCCAAGUGGGAGGACUCCACAUCUCUCCGGGAGAAGUCCACAUCCGCUCCGACAGCCUCCUCACGCUACCGGCCAUCAUGAGCAUCACGGCCGGGGGAGGGCUGCUUCUCGUGGUGGUGAUCAUCGUCCUGCUCGCCUAUAGACGAAAGUCGCACGAGAACGACCUCACUCUGAAGCGCCUGCAGCUGCAGAUGGAUAAUCUAGAGUCUCGUGUGGCCCUGGAGUGCAAGGAGGCCUUCGCUGAGCUGCAGACAGACAUCAACGAGUUAACGAGUGACCUGGACCGCGCUGGCAUACCUUACCUGGACUACCGCACUUACGCAAUGAGGGUUCUCUUUCCUGGCAUCGACGACCACCCAGUGCUCAGAGAACUGGAGGUGCCGGGAAGCGGACAGGCAGGCGUGGAGAAAGCCUUGAAGCAGUUUGCACAGCUGGUGAACAACAAAGUGUUCCUCCUGACGUUCAUCCGCACACUGGAGUUGCAGCGCUCAUUCUCGAUGCGAGACCGCGGCUAUGUGGCCUCGCUCAUCAUGACGGCUCUGCAGGGGCGGCUGGAGUACGCCACAGACAUCCUCAAGCACCUGCUCUCGGACCUGAUAGAACGCAAUCUGGAGAGCAAGAAUCACCCCAAACUGCUCCUACGAAGAACAGAGUCAGUGGCGGAGAAGAUGCUGACAAACUGGUUUGCCUUCUUGCUCCACAAAUUUCUCAAGGAGUGCGCUGGCGAGCCCCUCUUCAUGCUGUUCUGUGCCAUCAAACAGCAAAUGGAGAAGGGACCCAUAGAUGCCAUCACUGGCGAGGCGCGCUAUUCCCUCAGCGAGGACAAACUUAUCCGGCAGCAGACUGAAUACAAGACACUGACGCUGAGCUGCGUGAACCCGGACAAUGAGAACAGCCCGGAGAUCGCCGUCAAGGUGCUCAACUGCGACACCAUCACACAGGUGAAGGAAAAGAUACUGGAUGCGGUGUACAAGAACAUGCCCUGCUCUCAGCGGCCGCGAGCUGCUGACAUGGACUUAGAGUGGCGGCAGGGUAGGACGGCUCGUGUGGUCCUUCAGGAUGAAGACAUCACCACAAAGAUCGAGGGCGACUGGAAGAGGCUCAACACGCUGCUGCACUACCAGGUGACCGAUCGCUGCGUGGUGGCUUUGGUUCCAAAACAGAUGUCAUCUUUCAACAUUCCUUCCUCAGCCAGCUUCCCAAGGAGCAUCAGCAGAUACGGUGUGGACAUGUCCUUCCGCUCCACACCCACCAGCCCCGACAGCCCCCAUUCCCGCGUGCCCAUGCUGACCCCUGACCUGGAGAGCGGGGUCAAAGUUUGGCACUUGGUCAAGAACCAUGACCACGGUGACCAGAAGGAGGGUGAGCGAGGCAGCAAGAUGGUGUCUGAGAUUUACUUGACCAGGCUUUUGGCCACAAAGGGCACGCUGCAGAAGUUUGUGGACGACCUGUUUGAGACUCUGUUCAGUACCGUGUGUCGAGGCACCGCCCUGCCACUAGCCAUCAAAUAUAUGUUUGAUUUCCUGGACGAGCAGGCCGACAGACACGGCAUCCACGACACAGACGUUCGCCACACCUGGAAGAGCAACUGCCUUCCCCUACGCUUCUGGGUGAACGUGAUCAAAAAUCCUCAGUUCGUCUUCGACAUCCACAAGAGCAGCAUCACGGAUGCUUGCCUGUCAGUAGUGGCCCAAACCUUCAUGGACUCGUGCUCCACGUCAGAACACCGUCUGGGCAAAGACUCGCCGUCCACCAAGCUACUUUACGCCAAGGACAUCCCGCAUUACAAAAGCUGGGUAGAAAGGUACUACGCAGACAUCAACCGCCUGCCUGCCAUCAGUGAUCAGGACAUGAAUGCCUAUCUGGCUGAGCAGGCACGCCUCCACUCCAAUGAAUUCAACGCGCUCAGUGCCCUCCACGAGAUCUACACCUACGUCAGCAAAUACAGCCAGGAGAUCACGGAGGCGCUGGAGCAGGACGAACAGGCCCAGAAGCAGAAGUUGGCAUAUAAAGUGGAGCAGAUCAUCUCAGCCAUGUGUGCCGAGAGCUGAAACACACGCACCAACAUACAUCCGCGUGCGUGCACACACACACACACACACACACACACACACACACACACACACACAUAUACUGUACACGCAGAUACACGAUUCAAGCAUACGCUGGGGUGAGGAGGAGGAAAAGGAAGAGGUGCGCACAGCAUGGGCACUAGAUGUGCACAUGCAUCAUGUUUAUGCCUGCACACAAACACAGAGACUAAUGUAUGCAGGGAUGCUGCAAAUGUUAUGGACCUAGUACAAAUAACAACGUGCAUAUGAUAACCUGCAAAAACAAAGAAAUAUCUCACACACACACACACACAAACAGCCAAUCGUCCCAAAGCAUGAUGUUUGUAUCCAAUGUCAUUGCAUUGCUUAGCAACACACAUCCAUCUCCUAAAACUGCACCACCCCAGGUAGAAAGAAGAUGAAUUGGCCAUCAAAUGUGUUUCAGUGAGCUGUCUUGGCAGCCCGGACAGAUGCUAAACUCAUUUCUAAAAGUCCCUGGAAGAGUACAACACAGAGAGAUGCCAAUGUAAUGCCACUGCGUAUGUAGACUAAUGAUACUGUAGCUCUCAUAUGUACAAAAUUAAGGUACUAGAGUAUCGCUGGCUGGGCGUGAUGCUGCCAAUGUGAGCAUUUAACUCUUAGGUAGGUUCAUGCUACAGUAAAACUACUGUGUAUUUAAUCAAAUGUGGAUUCUCUCAUCUCUGUCAAGGAAUGGAAAACGUCAAAUUGUUUACCAAGGAUGUGCUCACACUUUUCACGUUUGGUUGGGUUGAAACAAACUAUUAGUGCGAUUUGUUUGAUCAAGAGUGAACAUUAUUGUGCCAAGUGGACCGAAACCUCCCAAAGAGUUUUUGAGAGUAGUUUGACUCGGUCCAAUUGAAAUGUGAACACUCAAGACACAGACCAGUGUUGAAAUGACAGCAGAAAUAUAUAACAGUUAAGUCUGGGACUGUUGUCUUUGUGUGUGCAAUGGAGGAACUCCUGGUGCUCUUCUAUUUAUAUUUAUUGUGAAGUUCUUCGUCAGAUUUCACUGGUAAAAAUGUCAUCAUAUGAAGACCAAUCCAACAAGCUUAAAUCGUAUGUUGUUUUGGUUUGGUCACACAGAAAUGCUAUCCAUCUUCAAAUCAUUUUUAUCGGGUGACUUUUGGUCCCACAUGAAAGCCAGUGUGACCAACUAAGACUGUACCCACCUUAUUAUCUGCUUUGGUCCAGACCGGAGAACCAAAGUGUGAACACAGCCUUAUUCAUUUAUUCUUCUCCUUGGCUUUUUCCCCUUCUAACUUCUAACUCACUUCUAACUCAUUUAUAUUAUCCUCCCCUUUAAAAAUAUUAUUAACAAUCUACAUCAUCGUACUGAGACUUCACUUUGAAAUAGGAUAUUUUGUGCAGUGCUAAUCUAUAGCGCACCAAUUCUGCAAUUCCAAGAUAAGUGGAGAACAAAUUGAACUGUAGGAGUAACUAAUGAUGCUAUAAGCCUAACCGUGGAUCCGAUGAGUGUAACACCCCACCCCCAACCCCACCCCCCCACUGCUUGGCUUUCUCAGUCAUUGUUUACACUGAGCGUCAUACUUGAAAUGCACCGCGCAUGUGAGAUGAGAACACCUGCUGCUCCCGUGAAGUAAUUUGGAAAGAUUAAGUCAGAUAGUGGCGUGGCUGCUGAAUUUGACCAUUGAGUCCACUUUAAAAGGCAACCUGGACAAUGCUGUUUGGGAACAAGCUGCAGAACUUCUAACGCUGGAGACGUCUGCAGUGCAGAGAGCUCCCGCACUAUCUAUAAUGAUGGAUGCCACUUGCAUUCGGAUCAUUAGCUGGUCCUUGUAAAUUUGAUGCGCCUCACUGCACUUUUCUCGCUGUCGCAUCAUCCCGCCCGCCUCCAUCUUAAAUUGUGUAAUUCAUGUCUUUUACUCGUACCAGACUGCUGGUGGUCUCUUUGCUGCUGUAUUUAUAAGAGUGCCAUAUCUCAAUCAUGAUGAAACCUUCAGCGUGAGGCAUCACGCUCCUUCGCAGGGUUUUAAGUUUUCUUCACAACUCACCAAACUGUGACAAAGACAGACGUCCCUUUGCGUGCUUGACGCCGUCUCACGCCUGUUCGUCGCUGUCCAUGUGGAGGGCUUGUCAUUUUUGCCAAUCCAGGAUCAGCGGCGUUGUCUGAUGUGCACCCCCCAUCAAUUCAUGUUAGAAUGAAGAAAACAAAAUCAUGAAAAAAAAGGCCUACAGUUUAAAUGUUGAAAUAUGUCAAAGGACCCAUCUGUUUUACGUGUGCUUUGAUAAGUUAUAAAUGUGUCGUGCAAUAAACUGUCAGACGUGUUUUUUAAACUAUAUAUUAUUGUAUAAAUAUUGUACAUACAAAACACUCCUAUUUUGCAAGCAAAAAAGUCACUUUUUACUGUUGUUAUACAUUAAAUUGAACAGCUGAUGGUACAAAUUUUUGCCUGGUUUCUUUUGUGUUAAUGGACGGUGAUUACUUCUUUAAAG